AUGUACCUGCCUGCACCUGCAAAUAAAAUUGAUGAUAGUCCACUGACUUUCAAAGUGGAACUCGAUGGCGAGGAUGAGGUGCAUUACGCAAGACCGAUUGCGCCGGGAGCAGCAAAACCAUUUCCAGGGGCAUAUGCGCGCACAACCUACGAUCCUGCAGAUCGUGCACAUCCAGAAUGUAUGUUGGUUUAUAACGGUGCUGCUCAUGAUCCGGAAACUUGUGUCUAUAUUAAUUGCGAUAAUAUAAACUGCCGUUCGGGUCAUUUCCAUAAAAAAACAUGGCGAAAAAUUAGGAGUUAUGCGCGAGUUGUACAAACUAUUAACAAGGACAUUUUAGAAGCGAUAAAUUCUCUUGCUAAAUAGGAAAUGCACCAAACCGGAAGUGUGCAAGUCGCAGCCACAUUGGAAGUAGUUUUCCAAGAAGAUGUAAAAUUUUGCAAAAAUCGCGUUUCCGCAUGGAGUUUAUUGUGCACACAAAUAUUUUCUGUGCUCUUCACACUGAACUGGCGCUCAAAAUUAACUGAACUAAAGGCAUAACUUUCUGUAUUCUAUUAAUUUUAAUUAUUUCACAACAGCCUCACGUUUUUCACGAAAGCUGAUCGGUUUCAAUUAUGUUUAUGUGCGUGCAAUGUCGUUUUCGCCUUUUAUGUUUUAACAUUUCUUACAAAUUUUAAUUUGCUGAUUAUUGUUUUUUCGGACGUUUUCCAUGUUAUUUUCCAUUCCUUGUGAACUUUGUACGAGCUCGAAAAUUUAGGGCAUUUUCAGGAAUUUUUUUUCACAAUAAAAAAUGAGAAACAAUAUUUAAA